AUGGCGCUGGUCGUAAAAUUCGUCGUGGCCGCUCUGCUCGUGCUCGUCGCCAUCGCUGGCCCCGGCGGCGUAGGCGUCGCCUCGGCCACCACCGACGCUGCUGGCCCCGCGGCGGCAUCGCCGGCCCCACUUGUCGCUCGCCUCCACCUUGCGCUCUCGGGCAUGGCGGCAGAGGAGCAGGAGGGCGGCGGGUGGAUGAUGGAGUGCUGGGGCGCGGUAACGGAGCUGCGGUCGUGCACCAACGAGAUCGUGCUCUUCUUACUCAACGGCGAGUCCUACCUGGGCCGCGACUGCUGCAUCGCCAUCCGCACCGUCACGCUACACUGCUGGCCCUCCAUGCUCGUCUCCAUAGGCUUCACCGCCGAGGAGGCCGACGUCCUCCGCGUCUUCUGCGACGCUGAGAUUCCACACGCUCCUCCCCCGCCGGCGCCGGCCGCCGUGCCGGCGCCUGCUGCGCAGCCAUGAGCACGCACGUAGCGAUGCACUUGAACUGUGCACACGCAAAUGUAAUGUAAUAA